AAGGUCUUCGCGUGUCUGCAAGGUGAUCCGGCUGCGCGAGCAAUACGCGGAGUAGUAGCGACACUCGACGCGGAAGCUAUGAUGGCGUCGAUGCCCAGUCGCGAGUGCAGCGUUCCAUCCGUCCUGGCUGUCAUCGCGUUGGAUACGGAGUUCGUGUAUCUUCGCGAAGCACUAGGCCGAAACGGGACCAGUCCAACCGUUUCAAACGAUUAUGGGGGAUCAGUCAGGAGCCAACAAGGCUUGAUUUACAACCGCCGAAACGCAGGCAGAGUGGCGGCGUUGGGUGGUGCACCGCCUCUCACAAAUCGUUAUCGAACCGGGGUCAUGCCCCUUGUUGCUCCCAAAACGGAAACAGACGAAGCUUGUUCCCCAGCUAGAAGCUGGAUUUCGCGCACGGCGCGCUCUGCGGAUCUGAGGGGCCGGUUGUCUUCGACAUCAUCUCUUUGCGGGUCGCUGCAAGUUACGGGAGGGCGAAAAUAGCAUUUCCUUACCGUUCACUAAUUGGGAGGUACGCUAUUCGUUCAAUCCCUGAGCUGCCGUGCCGGACAUUUCUCAUGCAUGCCAUGCUCGGCUCCCGAACGUGGUGGAGCUUAGCGUGUGGAUAUUCCAGAUGAGCGUCAAGGGGCAUGGCUGAGAGCACUGACACAGCGAUCCGCUGCGGACGGCUAUCCAGCCCUGGCACUGGGAUAUGCUCGAUGAGGAGCCGCCCCUGAUGGCAUGCGCUGCUCAUACAUAUUGCCAACCGCUGCGCUCCCAAGGUAUCUGUCUCGUCCCAAUCAAUC